UUCCAUCAGCUCCACCAAAAAAGACGAAGUCAGGCAACUCGAUUCUACCUUUGCGUCACGAAUCUUCUACCUGUCAGUCCAGACAACUAUAAAAAACGACAUAUUAAACUGAUCUGAAGCCGCGCUUGUACGAACACCGCUUCAAUAUUGCUGGAGUCUCUAUUCUCUCACAUGGUGAAUUGAUAUAAUCUUGGGUGGUCUCCGCUCCAUGCGUCUAACCGCGCGGAUUAAGGUGUCUGUGACCUCUCCCCUCUUUCCUCUGGCUGACCCUGACCCCUGACCAUGGACAAGCUGCUAGGCUUUGGGAAACAGCUGCUUCGUGUCAAGGUGGUGGACUGUAACAGCGAUGACACCCGCCUGUCCAGAUGUCUCAACACCUUCGACCUGGUGGCUCUGGGGGUGGGCAGCACGCUGGGGGCCGGGGUCUACGUCCUGGCUGGAGCUGUGGCCAGGGAGAAUUCAGGUCCGGCCAUCGUCCUGUCCUUCCUCAUCGCGGCGCUGGCCUCCGUCAUGGCCGGCCUGUGCUACGCCGAGUUUGGGGCCCGCGUCCCCAAGACAGGCUCCGCCUACCUCUACAGUUACGUCACCGUGGGGGAGCUGUGGGCCUUCAUCACCGGAUGGAACCUCAUCCUCUCCUACAUCAUAGGGACCUCCAGCGUGGCUCGUGCGUGGAGCGCGACCUUCGAUGAGUUGAUCGGGAAACACAUCGAGACAUUCUGCAGGCAGCACAUGCCGAUGAAGGCCCCCGGGAUACUGGCAGAAUACCCGGACCUCUUUGCUGUGCUCAUCAUCAUCACCCUCACAGGCCUGCUGUCGUUCGGGGUGAAGGAAUCAGCGGUGGUCAACAAGGUGUUCACGUGUGUCAACAUCCUUGUGCUGCUGUUCAUGGUGUUGUCCGGACUGGUCAAAGGGACCCUGAAGAACUGGCAACUAGACCCUGAUGUCAUACUGCACGGAAACACCAGUCUCAACUCCACAGAGCCCUUGCCGUUGGCGGAGAGUCUCGGUGUUGGAGGCUUCAUGCCAUUUGGUUUCACCGGCGUCCUGUCAGGAGCUGCCACCUGUUUCUAUGCCUUUGUGGGAUUCGACUGUAUCGCUACUACAGGUGAGGAGGUGAAGAACCCUCAGAGGGCGAUCCCCAUCGGCAUCGUGGCCUCCCUCCUCAUCUGUUUUGUGGCCUACUUCGGCGUUUCUGCCGCCCUGACCCUGAUGAUGCCCUACUACCUCCUGGACAACAACAGCCCCCUGCCCUCUGCCUUUAAAUACGUCGGCUGGGAGGGGGCCACCUACGCUGUGGCUGUGGGCUCACUGUGUGCCUUGUCCACCAGCUUGCUGGGAGCUAUGUUCCCAAUUCCUCGUGUGAUCUGGGCCAUGGCUGAUGACGGUCUGCUGUUCAAGUACAUGGCAGAGAUCAGCCCGCGUACCAAAACACCCCAGUCCGCUACGGUCACCUCUGGCUGCAUGGCAGCUAUCAUGGCUUUCCUGUUUGAUCUGAAAGACCUGGUGGAUCUGAUGUCUAUAGGAACUCUACUGGCUUAUACCCUGGUGGCUGCCUGCGUCCUAGUUCUCAGGUACCAACCAGAGCAUCCCAGCUCCUUGGCCUAUCAGAUGGCCAGUACCCAGGAGGAGGCGGAGCUGAGCGAUGGAAUUUCCACCCCCAGCAUGGACAUCCUGCCGGGGGUGAAGGAGCAUUUCAGCCUGAAGACUGUCCUGUUCCCGGACAACUCUGAACCUUCAGUCCUGUCUGGAUUCACUGUCAACAUGGCUGUCAGCCUCAUGGGAUGUCUGAUUCUGGUGUUUAGUAUACUAGCAGUCCAGGGAGGAUUGGCAGUUUGGAACAUGGUAGUUCUGACCGUCAUCUUCAUUACGUGUCUUCUUCUCACCUUCAUCAUCUGGAGGCAACCUGAGAGCAAGACCAAGCUGUCGUUUAAGGUCCCCAUGCUUCCAUUCAUCCCAGUGGUCAGCAUGUUUGUCAAUGUUUACCUGAUGAUGCAGCUGGACCGGGGCACCUGGGUACGCUUUGCCAUCUGGAUGUCCCUUGGUUUUGUGAUCUACUUUAGCUACGGUAUCCGCCACAGUACAGAGGCGGCCCUGGCUCGCACCUCUCCUGAUGUGGAACUGAAUGGUUACAAGACCAGCCACAACGGAGAGGACAUGGCACCUGAGAAGGAGGCCUUCCUGCAUAAUGGCCUGGAUGCCCAGGGAGAGGACGGAGAUCUUUAGGGAGCUGGGACCUGGUCGACAUCAGCGUGCCCUAUCUCGCUCUACAGAUUGACUUUGGCUUGGGCCAGUUUCCUCAUUUUGGAAUGUUCUUUUCUAGUUUUGAACUGGUGUCAUGAAAACCCACCUGUUUUAGACUACACUAUCUCACAAUGGUAUAUACACAUGCAGGUUCUCGUGAGUGCUUCUGGGUAGGACAAAGACUAUUCUAAUGAGGAAAGAGAAUUGUACAGAGACUGAUCUACAAAGACUAUUCUAAUGCAGACUCAAGAGAAAGGUAAGCCUAAUGUAGAUGUCUUGUUGUGAGCUCCCCAACACAGGGCAACAGAGCAGACAUUUUGGGCUCUUUCUCCUUCAUUUUGGGGAGGGCGUGGGGUUUUGUGACGGGCUGGUGGUGGUACGUAGUGUUACUAUAGGGAACUGGGUUUCACUGUGUGCUCUAUUAAAAUAUGUGAUUUUCUCACAGCUUGGCCAAAUGGGGUGCCGUUACCAGUGCAGUAUUUUAUCACCUCAAAUAACCUUCAGAUGAUAAACUUGAGAUGCAGUUUUGAAAACAUUUUAUUGGUCCUUAAUUAAUGAAAUUACUCCUUGUUUUGAAUUUAUGUAAAAAAAAAAUUAUGGCCAAGCAUGUAGUUUUCAUGAGACAGCAAUAGUAUGUUCAAUACAUUAUCUGAUUAAGGACAAGUCAGCCAUUCUGUCUGCAUGCUUUGGUUUACACUCCUGUUGAAUUAGGACUCCAAGGAUGUGCUGAUUAUGUGCUCUUUAAAUCAGUUUAGGGGGUUUUAUGUUUCUAGUCUAAACUGUCACAACCUCCACUAGCAGGAUAAAGCUUUUUUACUUCUCCCCUUUCAGUGAGGUGUACUAACAGUGACACCACUACUAAAGGUUGCUAUGUGCGCAAUUUGAGUACAUCUUAAAUAUGUGGCUGGACUCCAAACACAAAAAAGUCCCUUAGACACUUGCCCUAACCACUUUCCCUCCAGGGAAUCCCCAUCGAAACUGUAUUGGAGAUGCAGUGUGAUUGCCAUCUCAAAUGCUGGUCCAACUGUAGUCUCAUGCCUAACGCUGGUGGCUGCCAGGUGUCACAUUCAAUCAACAAAACUACAUUUUUGUGUUGGACUCACACCUUAUUAAUCAGACACCUUGUGAUGUGUGUAGCUACUUAGUGAAUUCCGUUGUGAGUUAGCUAACUCCAAUCAACACUCUCCCCUGCUUAGGGCAAAUACACUUGCAAGCACACUCGAAUGAGACUAUUUAAAAUUACAUUCAAGAGCAGAGGGUUUAGGGGCUGUCUACUUUUUGUUUGAGCCCAGGGAUUUUCUGGAUAUUAUUUACAUUUUGGUAAUUUACAAUCCAGUGAUAGGUAGUAUAUAUAUUUUUUUCUUAACAUUUUCUGAACAUUUUGUUGAAGGGGGGUGCUUAAAAUGUAUUUUGUAUAUUUACAAUAUAGGGCAGGUAAGUAUUUUUUGUUUUGUUGGUUUCUAGGGUAUUGUGUAACAGUAUUUGUUGUCGUAAUUGCCCAUCUUUGCUCCCUCGACGCCUGGUGAACAGGAGAAUAUUGCGACCAGACCAGUGAUUGACAACUGAUCUGUAAAUGUAUUGCUAAUCAGUAGCUUGAUACCUGAAAGGUGAUUCCUGCUAGGUGAGCAGAUGAUUAUUUGUCACAGUGCUGGCUGCUGUGUUUAACUCAUAGACUUAGCUAAACAUAUCAUCUUUAUUGUUUCUGUGAGACCUAGGAGAGCACGGUUCUGUGAGAACGCCGGACAGUGUCAUUUGGGUUGUCUCCAUUUUAAACUAGUCAAUAUUCUACUACUUCUAUGAGGUGAGCAAACCGCCACCUGGGAUGUGGUGUUUGAGCAGGUAUCAAGCCAAGUUUGGUGAUUUACAGUCACCUGCUGUCAUGGAAUGUUCGCUCACAAGUAUAGUUAAUAUCUGAUCCAUCCGGAUGACUCAGUGGCCCAUGCUCAAAAGAAAUUGAGUUCUCUAUCUAUCUCUAUGGUAAACGGCAGCUGAUGUAGUCUCUACUGGAUGCCUUGAUACUACCACGGCAUCUAGUGGUCACAAUCUGAGUGUGUUAGUGAACGUGGUUUAUGGUGUGGGUUGGCAAUUAGGUUUAUUAAUCUUUGCAUUAUGAAUGUUCCUAACAAAACAUCUACUUCAGAAGACCUGAAUGGUAAUUUCUUACAUAUUCUUUGUACCCUGGAGGUAGCUCGACUGGUCAUAUGUAAUGUUUAGCUAAUUAUAUUUGCGGAUAUAAGGAACUACAUUUGUAGCUAUAGUUAUGAUAAUUCAAACAAAUUAAAGGUUUGGAGUAAUUCAGUAAACAUUAAAAAAAUAAGAAUAGGUAUCACAGCAUGUUUGUAUUUAAUUUAAUUAGCUCUAGUUUAUUUAAAAAUAAUUGCCAAGUACUAUUAGAAUUUACACAUAUUUGGUGUUUUCAAGAAUCAAUUCACAGAAAUAAAAACAAUUUGUUUAUAGGCAAGAGAUUACUUUUUAACUGUUAUAAUAUGCACAAAAAAGGUCUGUAUAUAAAAUAUUGUUCAUAUUUCUUGCAGUAAAUUAUUUGUAAAUUGCAAAAAAUUCCUUUUUUUAUUUUUGAAUGCCAUUGUGCAUGGCUUUGUGUUUUUAUGUCUGAUGAUGUCAUGCUGUGAUUCUUUGAGGGCAGAAUAAAUGCAACAGUACAUUUUUCAAUACA